AUGAGAAUAGCCAGCAUCAGUAAGCUCAUCACUGCUUUGAUGACUGUAAAUCUUGCUCAAAAAGGUAAUGUAGAUCUCAACGAGAAUUUAGUUGAAUUUUUAAAAUCAAAUGAAAUUCAACUGGCAAUGGGAGAUCAAGAAGUAGAUUGUAUGACUUUCAAGCAAUUACUGAGUCACACUGCUGGUGUAACAGACGAAGGGUCACACGAGGUAUUCUCUAGUAGGAAUUAUCCCACCGUUAAAGAUGGUCUCCAAAUGUUCAUCAAUGAUAAAUUAUUGUUUAAACCUGGUUCGGAGUACAAUUAUACUACAUUUGGCUACAGUUUACUGAGUAAUAUCCUAGAAAAAUCUUCAGGCAAAUCGUUUGAGCAACUGUUGUCUGACUUUACAUCUAAACUAGGAUUACCCCACACACGUCUUGAUUCCUUUGAAGAAAUAAUCUUGAAUCGGUGUCAAUACUACUGUAAGGGCGAUAAUGGGAAGCUCAAAAACUGCCCUUAUGUUGAUGACUCCUGUAGAUGGGCUGGCGGAGGAAUAGUCAGCACUGCGCAGGACAUUGCUAAUCUGGUAACUGAAUUUGAGACUCAAGCUGAGUUAAAGUUGCACUAUGGCUACGGAAUGAGAGUGUUCCAUGAGCAAGAAUCACACGGUAAAACUGCUCAGUACUUCAAACUGUCCCACAAUGGCGGAGCAGUUGUGUUAGUGUUACCUCUGGGUAAACAUAUGUCUGGUGGUAAACCUAGGGGGAUCACUGUGGUCAUGUUCAGUAACUCACUUGAGAGAGAUGUGAUUAGACUUGCUCAUGAGAUAGCGGCUUCAUUUGAAGAGCAAAUUGAGGAUGGAGAAAAUACAAAGUAUGAAAAAAGGGUUGCUUUCAAAAAGUUCUUGCUAGGAUUGGCUCCAACCGCCAACGUAUCUUCAAGACAUGUUUAG